AUGUUACAUCCAUCAGCAGCAGGCAAUGCUGUGACGUCAAAAAGAAUGAAAAAACGUCAUUCGUCACAGACACCACCAUCACCAUUUGCGAAAAAUAUGCCAGCAUUACGCAGUCGGCGGGCAGUGUCAGAACAAGUAAAUCUUCAUGAUCGUGUAAUGCAGUUGAAUCAAAGUCCUGUAUUAUCGGCAUCGGCCGCACCAGCCAUUCACAAAGAUAACUGGCAACAACGAAGAUACAAUUUUCUAAGUAAAAAUAAAAUGUUUGGUGCAGAAUUGAAAGAUGAACUUGUGGGACAAAUGAUGAAUGAACAAGGCUCAGAUAUUGAACAGCGACCAAUGGUUAGUUCUUCUCAGAUACCACUUUCAGGAAGUAUGGAUUCCGACGGAUCAAAUAUUAAACGUGAAUCAAUCAUUGGAAUGGCAGUUAGUAGUGUAAGAAAUCUUUUAACACAAGAAGAAGAUGAUGAUUUAAUAAGAAAUGAAAUUGGUGUUAGUACAAGUGGAACUGGUUUACAGUCAAUAAAUGAAACUCCCAUUGAUGAAUUCGAUCAUGGACAAUCGAUAUGUUCAACGUGUACACAAACUGAAAAUGAUUUGCAUCAAGCAACAACAACAAAACGAAAUUCUCUAGCGUAUACUAUUAUUGUUCCAUCUAAACGUUAUAAUGAACAAUUUGAAUUUAUUUUGAAACGGCAACCAUUCAGAUAUUUUUAUUUACGUUAUAAAAAAGCUCAUCAAGAAAAAAAAUUGAUUAUUAGUGAACCAUAUACUUCUCACAGACCCUAUUUCACAUAUUGGGUUACAUUUGUUCAAACCUUAGUUUGUGCAAUAUCAUUAAUUGUGUAUGGUUAUGCACCUCUUACAUCGACUCAGUCAAAUAAUUCAUCAUUGACUGAACAACAAAAAUUUGAUUUAACAUCGAAUCCUUGGUUUGGUCCUCAUCCGGCUGAUCUCAUUCGUCUGGGUGCGAAAUAUACACCAUGCAUGAGAAGUCAUAGAGAAGUUAAAAAUAAAUAUAAUAAACAGGAAAAUUUAGAAUCAUUAUCUGGUUGUUGUAUUGAUAAUAAAUCAAAUCAAUGUAUGCAAACAUUAGAAGAUCAAUGUUUGGAACGUUCCAAUUUAAAAUGGUAUAAAGCACCAAUAACAUAUACAAAGGAUAAAAAAUUGAAUGAAAAUAGAAUUUUAUAUCCAGCUGUAUGCGGUUUAACUCCAGAAAUAUGUGUAAAACAAUUCGUUAGUAAUGUUCCUAGAACGGAAGAAAAUUCUUGGCCAUCCACAUCUGUCGAUUCAAAAUCAUUAAAAUGGUCUCUGAAUGCGACACGAUGGCCAAUUUGUCUUCAAAUUGAUAAAGAACGUAUAAAUCAUAAUAUAUCAAAAUAUCCUCAUAUAAGUUGUCAAAAUAUAGCCAAUCCUUGUUGUGUUGGUAUUUUGGGUGAUUGUGUUUUAACUUCAAGAGAGGAUUGUCGUCAUCGUCGAGGUAUUUAUCAUCCACAUGCACAUCUAUGUUCUCAGGUUGAUUGUAUUCAAAGUACUUGUGGAAUGUUAGAAUUUUUUAUAAUUCGAACACCUGAUCAAGUAUAUCGAUUUUGGACAGUUAUAUUCAUUCAUGCAGGGUAUAGGAAGACAUUGAUUCAUUUGGUUAUAACAAUCAUAUUUCAGUAUACAAUAAUGCGUCAUUUAGAAAAAUUAGCAGGAUGCAUACGUGUCAUGAUUAUUUAUGUUGUGGCAGGUUUUGCUGGUAGUUUAGCUAGUGCUCUAUUUCUUCGAGAUUCUAUUCAGGUUGGACCUGGUGGUGGACAAUUAGCCAUUUUAGCAUGUUACUUAAGUGAAUUAUUUCUUGGUUGGAAAGAUCUUAAACGUCCAUGGAUACCAUUUUUUAAAAUUACUGUAUGUCUUUUACUAUUAUUUACUGUCGGUUUACUACCAUUAGUAGAUAAUUAUUCACAAUGUUUUGGUUUUCUAUUUGGUUUUCUUCUAAAUAUGAUUGUAUUUCCAGAUUUUAAUUUACCAAAAAAUGUUCGCCGUCUUGUAGCUAUUUGUAUAUCAUUAGCAAUUACUAUCGGAUCAUUUAUUACGUUAAUUGUUCUAUUUUAUGCGUUACCAUUUACAUGCAAAUCGUGUAAAUAUUUUAGUUGUCCAUUUUGGUCUGUUUGUGGCGGAGAAAAAAGAGAUUUAGUGUAA